GGAGAGACAGCGGUCAGGAGAGCUGGGAUCGCCUGGGACAGCGCAGGGAUGGAGGCUGGGAACAGCUCCUCCCACCCAUGGGCUGUGAGCAGUGAGAGCUUGGACUCGUGCUCAACCCAACCCUCGUGUUCAACACAAAAUCACUGCUCAACCCAACCCUUGCAUUCAACACAAACUCUAUGUUCAACACAAAAUCACUGCUCAACCCAACCCUUGUGUUCAACACAAAAUCACUGCUCAACCCAACCUUCGCAUUCAACACAAACUCUAUGUUCAACACAAAAUCACUGCUCAACCCAACCCUUGUGUUCAACACAAAAUCACUGCUCAACCCACACCUUGUGUUCAAUGCAAACUCCAUGUUCAACCCAAAAUGACUGUUCAACCCAACCCUUGUGUUCAACACAAAAUCACUGCUCAACCCAAACCCUUGUAUUCAACACAAACUCUAUGUUCAACACAAAAUCACUGCUCAACCCAACCCUUGCGUUCAACACAAACUCCAUGUUCAACCCAACCCUCGUGUUCAACACAAACUCUAUGUUCAACACAAAAUCACUGCUCAACCCAACCCUUACGUUCAACACAAACUUCAUGUUCAGCCCAACCAUCAUGUUCAACACAAACUCUAUGUUCAACACAAAAUCACUGCUCAACCCAACCCUUGUGUUCAACACAAACUUGGUGUUCAACCCAACCCUUGUGUUCGACAUAAAUUUCAUGUUCAACACAAAAUUGGUGUUCAACCCAAAACUUGUGUUCUACACAAAUUUUAUGCUCUUCCCAAAACUGGUGUUCAACAAACUCCAUAUUCAACCCAAAGAUGUUGUUCAACCCAAAACUUGUGUUCAACACAAACUUCGUGUUCAACAUAAACUUCAUGUUCAACACAAAAUCGGUGUUCAACCCAAAGAUGGUGUUCAACCCAAAGAUGGUGUUCAACCCUGUGUUUCCAUUUCAACCCAAAGCUUGUGCUCAACCCAAAUCCUGUCUUAA